CUCCGACGCUCUCGAGACGCGUGCAGCGCGACGCGUCCUUUGUUGAUUAGGCGCCCGUGCCCGCGCCGCAUCACCCCCAGCACUCCCCACAAUGGCGCGCGCAACACGCUCGGCGGUCGACCCCGAAAAGGUCGAAGACGACGGCGCGGCGUUACCGCCGCAAAAAUCGACGAAAUCGGCAGGCAAGAAGCGCAAGCGCGUCGCUGGCGAGGAUGAGGCGCCCGCGGCGAAGCAGCAGCGGUCUGAGAGCGCGGACGUGGAUGCGGCGAAGGCCCCCACGCCUGUCGCGCUCCCGUACGCAGGCGACGCGCAUAUGCCGCAGGAGGAUGCGCAGAAGAUGUUGGACGUUCUAGAAGCUAUUGACGAUCAAUGUCUGCUGGAUCGAGUCUUUCCCCUUCCCAUCGAGCCAACAUCGUCAGAACCGGCAUCCCACUCCCUGCGCAACCUCCUUCAAAAUCCGUCCCAAUACCCUCUAUCAGCCUUCCGACACGCCAUCCGCAGUUUGCGACCCAUAUCUGCCCACUUCAGCAGCCGCACCGAGUCCCCAGCCGCUAGACAAGAGUACUUCUGCGACCGUGCCUCAGCGCUCCUAGAGGACAUAUCACGCCAUGUAGUGCCCCUGCCCCUAGACCAGGACAUUGCAGGUCUCCUACCCGACGAAUCUGGGCCCUCCGAAGAACCCUCUUUUGACUUCCCGCGGCCGCCCACUCGCUUCGCGCUAGUGCAGCACCUCCCCACCGGCGACCUCUGGACUUCGCUCAACUCCGACUUGGUAGAUGAGAAAGACAUCAAGGACCUCUCCACGGGCUACGCCGAGCUCGUCGCCGUCAUCCCCGAAGCCGCGCCCGAGCCCGCAUCUCCCAAGAAUGUCCCGACGCUUGGUUCGUAUUGCACGCGCACAUAUCCGAAGACGCGGGUGCCCAUGGAGCCGCGGGUGUGGACAUGCGGCUCGUUCAUUGACUACGGGCCGUAUACGAGCUUCGCGCCGGAGUUCGAGCAGGACGCAAUGGAGAUCGGUCGCGAGCAGCUGGGAGAGGUCAUCUGGUACGAAGAAGAAAGGAGGAGAAUACGAAAGUUGCAGAAUGCGCAACGGAAGGCGCGUGCGUUGCGGGCGAAGAUGCAAGCGGAUGCGUCGGCGUCAAAUGGAGAGGGUUCGAGCACGGAUGUUGUCAUGGGAGAAACGGCCGAGGCUGAGCCCGUCGACUGGCGAAAACAGCUGGAAGGGUUGCUACCGGAGGAUGCUAUCGAGGGCGUGAUGGAAGCGCUACAGACCGCCGAGCUGGAGGCGACGGUGCAGGAGCUAUUGGAGCGCAACCUGCGCGCUAUCGAGCGACUAGAGGACUUGCAGCGAGCCCGCUUGACAGCACGCGGUGGCGACAAGAGCACAGUGGAAGAAGGAUCGGAAGAAUGGGAACUUGCCCAAAAUAUCACGAACUCCCUCACUCUCCUCAUGUCCCUCCGACCUCGCAAAUCCGGCUCUUCCACUGACGAGGCGCCCCUCAUACCCCCCGAUCAUGUAUUGCACAAACUCACCGCGACCCUGCCAACAAACGCGACCCCUGGCUGGCGCGGCACCCUACCCGCCGGCAAGUCUGCCGCGCGCGACAACUCGACCCUCAAGGUCCGCCCUGUCGUCGUGCCCGUCGCGAACGGCGCGUCAGCAACUCCCUCUACCCCUCAAGCCCCGAAUCAGUACUACUCAUCAUCGUAUGGCGGGUACCAGCCGAAGCAGCCGGCGUAUCAGCCACAGCAGCCAGCAUAUGCGGCUACGCAGCCCGCGUACCAUCAGCAGCCGGCGUCGGCGUACACGUAUACGCCCUUGCAAGCUGGCCAGUCGUACGCGACGUCGUAUGGGCAGCCGGCGGCGCAGCAGCAGCAGACACAACAGCAACCGACACCAUACUACGGCGGGCAGUAUGCAUAUGCCGGCCAACAGCCCGCCUAUCAGGCCCAGCCUCAGCAGCCCGCGUACGCACAGCCCCAGCAGCAGUACGCGCAACCGCAACAAGGUUAUUGGCAGCAGCCCGCGUAUGGCCAGCAGCAACAGCAAUCGCAAGCGGCCUACGGGCAGCAACCGGCAGCUUAUGGACAGCAACCGGCGUACGGGCAGCAGUACGGGCAGCCGGGCUACUACGCGAACGGCGCGAGCUGGUACAACGCUACGCAGGCGCAGGCCGCGCAACCGGGGUCGGGGAGGGGGACGCCGGUGGCGGGUGCGACGGCGUAUGGCGCGGCGGCGUACAGCCCGGUCGCGGUAGCGAAUACGGUGACGGGUGGCGGGUAUCAGGGGCAGCAGCAGGUCUGCGAAAUGCCCGAGCUCAACUACGAAGAACAUGGCUAUCUACGAUCGCCGCCUGCCUCUGCGACUCCCGGAGCUUCAUCUAGUCGACACGACACGUCUUCUGCGCCUACGCAUACACCACACGGAACUGCCAGUCGCCGAACCUUAGCUCACUAUCAGUCGGCGAUCCGUUUGAAAGCCAAUGUGGAGAAGUCUCUGAAGGAAGCACGCGCGACGAUGAACUUUUGGCGGAAGAAAGCGCGCGAGGAUAUGGAGUAUGUCAUGACGCCCUCGACGUCGAAAGCCUCGUCCGUGGGGAGUGAUGGGGGCGCGCAGGACCAUUUGACGCCUGCGCGGCGUGCGGCGGUGGAGGCGUUGCUGGAGCGGUAUCGAGCGCAUGCGGCGGGGGGAUCGGCCCAUAGCUCGACGGACGAUGACUCGGAGAGCUUCAGCGAUGGCCUCACGCUCGACUCCAUUCGUUUUGUCGCAGGCGCGACCCCGGACGAGCUCGCUUCCAUCUUCACCUCGGAAACUGCAGUCUCUGGCGCCCUCUCCGCCAUCUGUGACAUCCUGUCCUCCGACGGCGUCAUACCCUCCGUUGAAGGCGAGAACGGGUCGCGCACGCCUUCACCUACUCUGUCCAGCUCUUCGUCUACGCCGACGGUUCCUGCGGCCGAACCUGUGUCAAGAAUACCCCAACUGGCUCGACCUCGCGGCUUGUCUCUGAGCUCUACGGCUACCUCGACGCCAACCAAGCAAGUCCCUGCUUCAACCGUCAAGCUCGUCCAAGCUCGAUCUCGCACGCAAGGCGAUCAGUCCAUCGACUCUGCCAUCAGCUCGCCGUCUCGAUUUCGUUCUCUCGCUGCGCUUCGGAGUGCCCGUUCGUCGAUCUCGUCAAGUCCGCGAACUUCGAUUGGCCAUCGGGCUAUGACGCCGCCUCCUGCUCCCGCUCUGCACUCGACGCCUCCGAAGCCGCUCUCCUCUCGGCUCCGCCGACCUACGGUGUCCUCCGCGCUUAAGGCUGUCGAUAGCCCGACGUCGACUUCAAUGACGCAUCAAAUUGACUCACCUCUGCAACCGCGCAAGAGUAGUAUAUCUGCGUCCCAAGACGAACACCAUACGCCAUACAAGUCACCUUACGCGAGCACCUCCUUGCCUGCCCGAUCACGAAUUAAGAUUGGCCCGACGCCGCUCAGUCCUAUACGCUUUGCCGACGCGCCAAGUCCACCGCGCGCCGUAACCUCGCUCGGCAAGCCCAGCUCGUUGCUCAAGAAACCGGAUUCUCUGCUUAACAAGCCCGCGCCUUCGCCCGCUCGAUCUGCCGCUGCACCCGUACGACCUACUUCGCUCGCACGACCUUCACCUGUACGACCCGCGAGACCUGCUUCCUCGCUCAACAGUCGCGCACGAGCACUGUCCUUUACCUCCACUCCGCCUCCUGCGCGCCCGCACACCUCGCUCGCAUCGCACGCGACUACUUUGCCCGCCUCGCAUGCGACUACUUCGCCCACCUCGCAUGCGACUACUUCGCCCGCCUCGCAUGCGAUUAACUCGCGCGUACAGACCUCCCUGGCCACGCACGCGCAUGCCUCGCUCGCUUCGCACACUCGCUGGCCCAUCCGCGAGACGCCGCCGCUGGUCAUCAAGAAGAAGAAGUCGGCGGGGGCGGUGGGUGGUGGGGCGGAUGCAUUGUCGUUGCCGAUGGCGAGUGUUGCACCGCGACCGGCUAUCAGUUCUGCUUCGCGAACAACGGUCGGAUCUGCACCGCGAACCACAAAUGGUUCUGCUCUGCGACCAGCAAUCGACGUUGCUCCGCGAACUACAACUUACGUUGCUCCGCGGCAGACAUCGCGCUCUACGGUGUUGCGAAAUACAACGGGUACUGAGAAGACUACAUCGUCCGGUGGGACCUCGCAGUCGGCACCAACAACGCUUACGAGGACGCCUGCGAUCUCGAGGGCGGGCAUGAAGGCGUCUUAUGCGGAGAAGGAGAGUGGACGUGGCGUUCGCGGCGAGGAGAUUGGUCGCAAAGAAGGUUUGCGGACGCUCGACCAGGAUGCGCUCGUGGUCAUGUCGCCCGAGCGCGAGCAUGGGUCGGUGCAGAGGAUGGAUGCGGAGCUGGCGGUGAAUCGGGCGCGGGACGGGGGGCAGGUGAGGGUGUCUACUUUGAGGCGGCCGGGCGGGUCGUGGAGGUAUAGGACAUGA